CUUUAAAAAUGUCUAUUGAGGGCACGAAACUGAAUUUGGUAGGAGGUUCUUGUCUGGAACACGCCUUGGCAGUAAACAGAUAUCUGAUCUCAGAGGCAAUAAGGCAUCGGGAGCACCGGCAGGACUGCAGUGGGCUGUGGUUGCUGGAGGCUGCCCGGAGCAUCCCUGGUCUGAACGCGGAGCGGGGUUUGUGGAGCUGGAGCACUGCCUGGCACAGGGUGUCCCUUACGGUGCUGCCAUGCCAGAGGGUGGAACUGGCGUGAAUCUGUUUGUGUGACUAAGAAUAAACAAACCCUCUUUUCCUAGUUUGACUUUCUUAGACAGCAGAGGGGGAAAGCGGAGGAUGCAGUGUGGGAGAUGAGUGGUACCAAGGAUGACAGCCGUUGUCGGAAGGCAGUCCGCAUUGUCACCGAGCUGUGCCGGAAGAAAAGCCUGCCUAGCUUGGACCUGGACAUUUGCAGGGAGUUCCUCCUGCUGCCUUCCGACCAGAGCCUGAUUAUCUCCGAGCCAGAGCUCUCCGUCAGCCUCCUUGCAGUGAUAGUUAUUGUGUGUGGCCUGGCCCUGGUGGCAGUUUUUCUGUUUCUCUUUUGGAAGCUGUGCUGGGUUCCCUGGAGGAACAAGGCCAUUUCUUCUAACCUGGCCGUCUUGCCAAGCGAGGCAGACUGCAAUAAGGAGAACAUGGCAGACAAGCUCAAGGACGCAGGUGCCAUAAGUUUCCUGGAGGCAGCGGUGAAGAUCAGCCACACAUCGCCGGACAUCCCGGCAGAGGUCCAGAUGUCCAUGAAAGACCACAUCAUGCGGCGCACACGGAUCCAACGGCAGACGACGGAGCCCGCGUCUUCCACCAGGCACAUCUCCUUCAAAAGGCACCUUCCUCGGCAAAUGCAUGUAUCCAGCAUGGACUACGGUAUGGACCCACCAGCUGUGGCUGAGCAGCCGACCAGCAUCGGUCGCAUUAAGCCCGAACUCUAUAAGCAAAAAUCUGUUGACUCUGAGGACCCAAAAAAAGAGGCAGCAAAGACCUGUGGGAAAAUUAACUUCACUCUCAAGUACGACUACGAGAAUGAGACACUGACUGUCCGAAUUCUCAGGGCUUUUGACUUGCCAGCCAAAGAUUUCUGCGGCAGCUCAGAUCCCUAUGUGAAGAUCUACCUCCUGCCCGACAGAAAGCGCAAGUUCCAGACACGAGUCCACAGGAAGACUCUGAAUCCCACCUUUGAUGAGUCCUUCCACUUCCCUGUGCCUCACGAGGAGCUGGCGAGCAGGAAGCUCCACCUGAGUGUCUUUGACUUUGACAGGUUCUCCAGACAUGACAUGAUAGGAGAAGUUAUCUUGGAGAACCUGUUUGAGGCCUCAGACCUUUCCCGGGAGACUUCCAUCUGGAAGGACAUUCAGUACGCGACGACGGAAAGCGUGGACCUGGGCGAGAUCAUGUUUUCCCUUUGUUAUUUGCCAACUGCAGGUCGCCUCACCUUAACAGUCAUCAAAUGCAGGAAUCUCAAAGCUAUGGAUAUCACUGGUUACUCAGAUCCGUAUGUCAAAGUGUCUUUGCUCUGUGAUGGGCGAAGACUGAAAAAGAAGAAAACCACCAUAAAGAAAAACACACUUAAUCCCACUUACAAUGAAGCAAUAAUCUUUGACAUUCCCCCAGAGAACAUGGAUCAAGUCAGUCUGCUUAUCUCCGUCAUGGAUUAUGACCGAGUGGGUCACAACGAGAUUAUUGGUGUUUGCCGUGUGGGGGUCAAUGCUGAAGGACUGGGCAGAGACCACUGGAACGAGAUGCUGGCGUACCCCCGCAAGCCCAUCGCGCACUGGCAUCCAUUAGUGGAGGUAAAGAAGUCUUUCAAAGAGUGGCAAGGCCGGGCAGCGAGCUUUGACAGCCAGGGUUCCUGUCCCUCGCCUAAACCACCACCCACACCGUGAUACAGAGAGCGGCGAGUAAAAUGGGACUAAACCAAGUUAUUUUUGCACUUGGCCUACAGUCUCAGUAGUUGUUGCUGAGUGGCAGUGGCAGCAGCGAGACUUUCCAGUCUAGUUGUUCCCGCGUAAGUAAAGGCAGAAACCCGUUUAGUGGUCAAAUAUGUCUUUGUCUAAUAUGUUUCCCAAGGUGAUGUUUUUUUUGUGGCUUUUACUGUGUGGAUCUGUUUCCAGAGGAAGAAGGUGGACUGAGACAUGAGCUGGAAGUUUGGUCUGUAAAAUAACAUGUAAAAUAGUUUUUAGUGUGUAUGAAGGCUGGAAAAGUGCGAAGAUGCUCUGAGUGUCUCCGGGCAGCACAGGUGGCCAGGAGAGGGGACAUCUGCACCGGCCUGUCCCCACUUGGAAGAGCAGCAGUGAAAGACGCGAGAGACUCCUGAUCUGUGAGCCGCUCUUUGCUCUCGUGGUCAGCCCAAGCCCAGCAGGUUUCCCGUUCACGUAGAGGUGUUCAUGAGCUGUUAGAAGUUUGUGCAGUGUGUAUCCCAAAUCCCUUUUGUCAUAUAUAAAAAAUGCCGCUGAUUCCUCAGGGGGGAAAACCAGUUUUUUCCCUGUAUUUGAAGUCUCCCUAGAGCUACUUGCAUGAGCAGUUUCUGAAGACCCCCCUGUAGCUGCUGCUCAUUCCCCCCGUACAUCACCACGACAUCUGGAGUGGAGAGAACUGCGUUGCCACAACUGGGGUUCGGACAUGGAGGGGGAAAGGUGUUACAGAAAGAGGUGACAUCCUUGCAUGAACGCUAGAUCUUUAUUUCUUAUAUCACCCUAGUAAUAAAGGGUGAAAAAAAAGGGUAAAGGGAAAUAUAGAAACAAAACCAAUACGAAAAAAACCUUCCAAACGUUUUUCUUGAACUAUCAGCACUUCCUUAAUGAAAAAAGUUUCUAAGGCCCAAACCCUGGAGGAAGGUCAAGUUUUGAAAAAAUGAAACUUUGCUGGGUCCUUGGCUGCAGAGGCCAAAAGUGAAGUUAUAACAUCCCAAGUAUUAGCUUUGCAAACGCAGCGAAAUCAGCCGAUCUUUAUCAGACAGCUGUGGAUUUUGGACUCUCUCUCAUUUGGGAUUUUUCUCUGAGCUAAUAAAUACAUUAGUGCUGUUUGUUCCACUGUAAUUAAAUUAAGUAAAUGUGAAUAUUUUGGUUUUGAGUUAAAACGAAAUUUGCAAGUGCGGCAGCCAUUUCUCCUCACACCAGGGUAGCAGACCCGCAUACAUCGGCCACUAUCUUCAGAUUAAAUUCAGUUUCCAUUUUCCUAAAGGCCACAACAUCAGCCUUCCCUGAACAUCAUGACAAGCAGAGAAAGGUAUUUGUUUGCAUUGUUUUGCUGGGUAAGAUGAAUCCUUUGUUCAUUGAAGGACAAAUACAUGAUUUCUCAUCACACCUUGUGUCUUAAUUCUCUUUAUGUGCCACAUGCUAUAGAAGCAGAAACUCAAUAAAAUUAUUUUAUUUGUAA